AUGGCGCUCCCUCCUAAAGUAUACCAGUUCCUCGUGGGUCUUUUUGCAUCCCUUGGUUCGCUACUUUACGGUUAUGAUCUCGGUGUCAUUGCUCAAGUCAUUGCCUCCGGGGCUUUCAAGCGCGAAUUCAACGACCCUGACCCAAAUGCAAAGGGAGCUGUUGUGUCAGUCUUCACGGGCGGUGCCUUCUUCGGUGCCAUGUUCGGUGGUCCCCUUGGUGACAGACUCGGUCGACGAUUGACUAUCUUGAUUGGAGCCUGUGUAUUCAUGCUCGGUGGUGCUUUGCAGACUGCUGCUGUAAACAUCAACUAUCUCUACGCCGGACGUGUCCUCGCUGGUGUUGGUGUUGGUCAGCUUGUCAUGAUUAUUCCCUUGUAUCAAUCCGAGUUGGCUCAUCCCAGCAUCCGUGGACGUAUCGGUGGAUUGGUGCAGUUCAUGUUGGGUAUCGGUGCCCUAGCCGCUGCCUGGAUCAGUUACGGUGUUGAUAUCGGGUUUGAUGCCAGCAACAACGCUCAGUUCCGUGUUUCACUGGGUAUCCAAGUCGUACCUGCUUUCUUCUUGGCCCUCUGCAUCAUGCUGUUCCCCGAGUCACCCAGAUGGCUCAUCAGCAAAGGCAAGGUCGAGCAAGGUCUUCAGAAUCUGGCCAAGCUUCACGCUCACGGCGACACAGAGGAUGUCUGGGUUCAAGCUGAGUUCGAGCAAAUUCAGGAAUCCCUCACUUACGAGCGGGAGCAUGCGGCUCAAUCCUACAUGGAGCUCUUCCGGGACAGGUCGUGCUUCCGCCGUCUUUUCCUCGCCUGUGCGCUUCAGGCCUCUGUUCAAAUGACUGGUGUUUCGGCUAUUCAAUACUACUCCGUCACUAUCUACGAGCAGAUGGGUAUCAGCGGUACCGACGCGCUCAAGUACCAGGCUAUCUCUUCUGUUCUUGCUCUUUGCGGACAAGCACUCUGCAUCGCCUUCAUCGACCGAUUGGGACGUCGCUGGACUUUGAUCGGUGGUAACAUCGGCAACUGCAUUACGUUCAUCAUUUCGACCAUCAUGUUGGCUGUUUUCCCUCCGGGCUCAACAGGAAACAAGGCUGCUUCAUGGGGCUUCAUCGCUGUUACUUGGCUGUACAACUUCUGCUUCAGCUCCACUUGUGGACCGCUGUCGUGGAUUAUUCCAGCCGAGAUCUUCGACACCAAGACACGUUCCAAGGGUGUGUCCAUUGCCACCAUGACAUCCUUUGCCUUCAACACCAUGAUCGGCCAAGUCACCGAGCUCGGCAUGAAAACUGCAGGAUGGAGGUUCUACCUGCUGUUCACCAUCUGCAACGCCACCAACGCCAUUUUCUUCUACUGCUUCCUGCCUGAGACUGCUAAGCGCCCGCUUGAGGAGAUGAACUACCUCUUCACAAACGCUCCUCUCUUCGUGCCCAGCAUGAACAAGCAGGACUGGGGUCUCGACAUUGAACGUCGUGUCGAGGAAGUUGCCGCUAAGCAUGGUUCAAUCUCUCAUGCCGAGCAUGUGGGAACGACCAAGGAGCAGAUGGCAUAUUAA